GGGAGGGGGGACGAGGGGAGGGGGGAGAAAGCCGACAUGGCGACGUCGACGUUUGAAGGCGUUCGCCUGGGCUCGCUGUGCGCCGAGACGAAUGGCGGCGAGGCGACUCGCACGGGCGAGCAGCCGCUCACCCUCGAGGUGAAGACGGGCCAGGACUGCGCAGACAUCUCCCUCAGCGGCGCGAACGGCGUGUGCAUGUUCAAAUGCUCGGUGAGUAGAGACACGGAGUGCUGCCGCGUCGGGAAGCAGUCCUUCCUCAUCACGCUGGGCGUGAACAGCGUCCUCUUCUGCUUCCCCACGCCCAACGAGCUAUGCUCCUUCCACAACAUCCUCAAGAACUGCCGCGGCCACAACCUGGAGCACUCGGUGUUCAGCGAGCGCACCGAGGAAUCGUCAGCGGUGCAGUACUUCCAGUUCUAUGGCUACCUGUCGCAGCAGCAGAACAUGAUGCAGGACUACGUGCGCACGGGAACCUACCAGCGUGCCAUCCUGCACAACCACCUCGACUUCAAGGACAAGGUGGUGCUGGACGUGGGCUGUGGCUCGGGAAUCCUGUCGUUCUUCGCCGUGCAGGCCGGCGCCCGCAAGGUCUACGCGGUGGAGGCGAGCACGAUGGCGCAGCACGCUGAGCUGCUGGUGCGCAGCAACAAUCUGCAGGAGCGUGUGGUGGUCAUCCCGGGCAAGGUGGAGGAGGUGACCAUCCCCGAGGAGGUGGACGUCAUCGUCUCGGAGCCCAUGGGCUACAUGCUCUUCAACGAGCGCAUGCUGGAGAGCUACCUGCACGCCAAGAAGUGGCUCAAGGCUGGAGGUAACCUAUUCCCGACCCUGGGCGAUGUCCACUUGGCACCUUUCACGGACGAGCAGCUCUACAUGGAGCAGUUCACCAAGGCCAACUUCUGGUACCAGCAGUCCUUCCACGGUGUGGACUUGUCGAGCCUCAGGGCGGCGGCGGUGGAGGAGUACUUCCGUCAGCCGGUCGUGGACACGUUUGACAUCCGGAUCUUGAUGGCCAAGUCCAUGAAGUACACGGUCAACUUCCUGGAUGCCAAGGAGGAAGAUCUCCACAGGUUGGAGAUCCCAUUCAAGUUCCACAUGAACCAGUCGGGCCUCGUUCACGGCCUCGCCUUCUGGUUCGACGUCGCCUUCAUCGGAUCGAUGGUGACGGUGUGGCUGUCCACCUCCCCCACGGAGCCGCUCACUCACUGGUACCAGGUUAGGUGCCUCCUACAGACACCGCUCUUCGCCAAGGAGGGCGACACGCUCUCCGGAACCGUGGUGCUCUCCGCCAACAAGAGGCAGAGCUACGACAUCGAGAUCGAAGCCACGAUGGACCAGACGGGGUCGCGCUCACGUAACCUCCUCGACCUCAAGAAUCCGUUCUUCAGGUACACAGGAGCAGCCCCCUCCCCUCCCCCGGGCUCCCAGUACACGUCGCCCUCCGAGAACCUGUGGAACUCAACAGGCACCUACGGGGUCGCACCCGCUGGGGUGAUGCCAGCCGCCUACGAUCUCAGCUCUGUCAUGGGGACCGGGGGAUUCGGCGUCUCCCACAACAACCUCAUCCCCGUCGCGAACGUGGGCAUCGUGAACCACAGCCCCGCGCGGCAGGGCUCCAUCAUGAGCACGGGCUUCGUGCAGGGGGGGUCGAGCCUGCAGCAGCCCAGCAGCUCCUACUACCCGGUGAACGUGCCCUUCUCCAUGUCGGGCGCCGCCAUCUCCAUGGCGUCGCCCAUGUCCAUGGUCACGAGCUCCGUGGUGCACUACGGCAGCUGAGGCCCGCGCCAGGCCAGCCCCCGCCCGCCCGCCCGCCCGCCCUGCCGCCGGCAUUGCCAUCGCCGCCACAACCCCCUUGCCGCGUGGCGACCAGCGUCCGACACCGCAACCACCCACGCCCCCCCCCCUCAAAAACCAACGGACGCGCCGUGUCUCCCCCGCGCACUGCGGACUUCUCCGGGGUCCAUGGGGAAGACCCCGCGGCACCACGAACUCUGAACUUUGGCGGCUGCUGAUGUACGGGAUGGGGGAAGUCUGACCGCUGAUGACGUGUGCAAGCAGGGCUUAUUUUCUCAUCGAAUGUUUUUCCGGGUAGCUACUAGGCUGGAGGUUAGACGGCGCGUGACUGAUUAACCCAGACGAUGGCGAAAUAUGUAUGCUGGAUGUGGUGUGCCGGGUGCGCGGAAAAAAUUGACGCGGUUGACAUUAAGUUCUGCCGUGCGCGUGAUGACGACGAGCCUGUUGAGUUGUUGUUUUGUUCUCGCGCAUCUCCCCGCGGUUUUUUUUUAUCUCCACCCAAUGUGUCAACAGCUGAACGUUCCUGCCAGUCCAACACGCCAGUGUUGGGUUUUCAAGGUCUCUGGUCGGGUCUGUCCGUCAGGUUCGCCACACUCUGUUAGAGCGAAGCUGUGUGCGUGCUCGCUGCAGGUGCAGUUUAAUGCACCCCGCGCGCCCCAACGCGGCGCCUUGGGUUCAGGAAAUUAAUGGACGGAGACGUUUUGCCCCGACGAGUCGUGUUGGUCGCAACUCCACGCCCCCGGGGGCUCUCUCUUCACGGCUUUGCCGUUCACUCGGCCGGUGUGGAAGGUCCCCUGCGUAUCGUUUAAAACUUUUUUGGCGAGUGUUAACGAACUUGUGAAAUUCUUGGGGGUUGAUGGGUGCCACCCCCCCAUCAUGGACUUCUUUAUGGAGGCCGUGGGUUAAUGUAGCGUUCUCUCGCCUAAUGCUAUUGGGCCAAAAAUCCAUACCGGGCGCAUUUUGGAAGGUAAGGUUACUACACAAUUUAUCGUCGAUUAGUACCGUUAUAUCUUUUGUUUGUUGGAUUAUGAAGCGAUGGAGGUUGCCGUCCUACUGGCUACACUGGCUCGCGUCGACGGGUAGUCUCAAGCGAGGGGAAGGAAUCGAGUUAUUCCUGCAGUAUGGUUUUCUUUUUUUUACUUCAUCGGAAGGAAUUGUUGGUCUGUUUUCAAUAAAAUCGUUGCGUACGAUGGUAGGUCCCUU